CUCCAUCUUUGCCACGAAUGUCAUUUCACGAUGCCUCCCUUGAGCAUCGUUUGGAUUAAAAGUAUUCAGCAUUUAUCACUCGACGUGGAUCUGCACGCUAAGUGAUGUCCACGCCAUAAAGUAGGUUUUUCGUUACCCUUCAGCCAUGUUUUCUGCCCUUAAGAAGUGGGCUAAGGGCGGCAAUGAGGAUUCGAAGAUCAGCACUCCUCUGGGAGUACGAGCCAUGGGCCAGGCCUUACAGCGAAAGUUCGCUCGUGGCGUACAGUAUAACAGUAAGUUUUUCUGUUUCUCUUCGUAACGUAUUAUCCCCAGUACUUCAUAUUUUUUAAUCCAAUCAAAUGAACUGAUGAUCUGCAGUGAUCAAUGCUAUUUCAGUCUUGAGUUAUAUUUUUCGUUCUAUCUUUUCAGCAUGAUGCUCAGCUGGUAAAGCUUCUCUUAAUACGUUUAUUUUAAAAUGUAAAUUAUGCCUUGUACACUUCGUCUUUUAGGAAAAAAUGGUGCUAAAAACUGGCCAAAAUUUAAUAAUAUUAUUUUUGACACGGUGCAUUUUUUCAUUUAACAUAUUCAAUAGUGGCAAAACUUAGGUAAUUAUCAAGAAGCGUGAAUGCUUUAUUAAACUUAUUGUCGGACAUCAGUGGUAAAAAUCACAUUCACUGGCUUAAGUCUAAUAGGUGAAAGAUGAUGAAGUAUGGAAAUAUCCUCACCAGCAAUCUAAAUGCCCUUAAACAUGACCCCGUAUGCUCUUUAUUUACCAAACAAUAUGUAACCGUCUUUUUCUCUAAAAUACAUUGGUUGGUAAUUAUUUUUUGGAGUGAUUUCCGAAUACCCGGCCCCCUAAAUGACUUACUUAAAAAACUGCUCUCGUAGUCCUCAUAUUGUGCUGAAUACUUCAAUCUGAGUGAGUCUCAUGAGUGCUACUCAUUCCCGCACUCCCACACUCCCGCACACCCACACUCACUGAAAAGUGAAUAUAAGUGGGUAUACGACUAGCACUCCCACAGUCAAUGUCAAGUAACUGUAUUUAGUGUGCUUAUAGAAAGAGGUGCUGUCCCACACUCUGGCAGUUGAUAUCUGAAGUUAUUAUGCAAAUCGGACAACUGCCAGACUACGAGAGUAGUUUUUUAAGUUAGAUAUUUAGUGGGCUGGGUAUUCUGCAACUUAGCCAAUUUUGUUUUCAUGGGAUAAAUUCCUCAUUUUUGUGGAAGGUUCUUCACUGUUUUAUUUUUUUUAAACCUCUUGUAGUGAAAAUUGUCAUCAAAGGUGACAGAAAUACCGGAAAGUCCUGCCUUUUUCAAAGACUCCAAGGAAGGCCUUUCAAUGAGCAGUACAUACCAACAAAUGAAAUUCAGGUACUUAAAUAACUUGAUGACAGUCCUCUCUCUCUUUAAAAAAGACACCGUUGGAACCAGGACUGAGUGUCUGUCUUAAAGAGGUGUCCACCUAUUACUGUUAAUAAAGAGAGUCAAGGAAAUGACUGAAGAGCCAGCAUCAGCUCUAUGUGUACUGUAAAUGAUCUAAUAAACGCCUACUUCCAAAUAAAUGCCUCUUAUCUACAUGUAAUACCUCCCCCCCUCUACACUGUUAAAAUUGGGGUAGACACCACUGUGUAGUAAAUGCCCCCUUUCUAAUAGACACUCCUUAUGAGAAUUACUUGAAAAUAGGAAUUAUCAAAAAGGUACAAAAUCAUUCAAUUCAUUCAGCUUCUUGCUUGAUUAACAAGGGUUUGUAUAUUUCAUCUUGUUCAAUAUCAAGUUUGAAGUAAGGAUAGACUAAUGAAGGCAACACAAUAACGAUGACUGAGGAUUCUGACAUCAAUGUUGGGACUUGAAAGAGCGAUAUGGAUCUCUAGAUAGCCUAGAUGUAUCAAUUGAUGGAGUGGAUGUUCUGUUAUUUUUAAACUCUUUUUAUAUUUGCACCAAAAGCAAAUUGGUUUUGCCUCCUACAUGUAUCAGUAUUUACUGUCUGUUAAACAUCCCGCUUGGACACCUAGAAUAAUUAAAUAGAUGCCUCAGGCUUUUAAUAGGUCAUUUACGGUAGGUGUCCAUUUUAUGGAGAAGAACACAAAGGUGUCUGACUGUGUUGUUAUUGUCAUUUCAUUGAUCAGUUGAAUCCUAGAACUGAAAACUGGGUAUAGUACAUCACUUUAGUAUCAGUGAAUUAGAGGUCAAAAGGUGAUAACAAUAAUAACAAUAAUAUUAUCAACAACAACAAUAAUAAUAAUAACAAUAAUAAUUAAUUAAUAAAUUAUUGGUUAUUUUUAGCCCCCAUUUUCAGUUCCUUGUAAUAAAUUAUUAUCCAUUCAUUUGUAUUUACUGAGAGCCAUAUUAUUUAUUUGUGCAAUUGCGAAUUUUCUAUCAAUUUUUCUACCUGCUGUCAUUUCCUUUCUGCUUUCCCACUUGCCAAGCAACUGAAUAUGGCAAAUCGUCACUUUUUUCCUUCUACAGGUUGCAAGUAUACACUGGAAUUACAGAAGUAAGUGGUGAUGACACAGUGUACUUACAAUGUACAGCUGUAAAGGUUUUAAGAUGCCAACUUGUUCACCUAUUUUGUAAUUUGAAAAACAUGUGAAAGUAUUGCCAACAAGAAUUGAAUUACCACCCAAAAGGAUUUUGCUCACAGACUUACAUGUAAAAGCUACCUAGCAAGACCACCUAACAAGACUCCUUAUUGGUCUGGGCAAGUGAAGGUGAUCGUACAGGCGUUCUUUGCAAAAAUUAAGACUUGCUGAUUAUUCAUGCAAGUCUCACAAUGUAAUGUUAAUAAUUAUUGCUUUUAAUCCUUUAAUAAAUGUUAUUUUCCAUGUUGUAUUAUGCAGCAACAGAUGAUGUUGUGAAAGUAGAAGUCUGGGAUGUAGUGGACAAAGGUAAGCCAAUUCACAAAUCCACACCCAAGUGAUUAUAAUUAUUUUUGUUUUGGAAACAUAAAUAAAGUGAAUAACAGGGAAGGUUAGAACAUUUGAGUUUUGAUCAAUAUUUUUAUUUCAAGACCAAGCUUUCAUUUUUUUUUUUUGUUAUUGCAUGGAUUAAGAUAAUUUCAGAUAUGGUGAAAUGUACUGCACAUAUAAUUAUCUCUGUGUUUCUCUGGAUUAAUUGGGAAAUCUAAAGCCUGAGAAAACAGCUGAUGUUUUGCAAUGCCAACAUUCUGGCUUACAUCUGGGUAGUGACUCGUCAUCAGUAUGAAAUUUCUGCACUCAUUCCUCAGAUAUCAUUUUGGAGGGAGACAAGUCGCAAAAUUAAUGUUAGCUGUUUUCUCAAGCUAGGGAAUCAAUUUCCCAGUCAGAAGCAUCUUACAUGUACAUUGUAUGUGUAUAUAGUGGUAACAAACACUGAAACAAAACAAUAUAAUUAGGGAUAAUUAUUUUUAUUCCUCGCAAAAGCGAGUUUUUAUAAUAAUAUUUUGUCCCGUGCACAUUGCCUGAGGGUCUCAAGCAAAGUGCGAUUUUACUUAGGUCAUAUUUCUAUUCGUUUGGUAGCUGGAGUUGCCUAGUACAUGUAGCAAUGAUGUUGCAACUAAGUUCCAAUUGACAUCAUUCAGUCUGACAUAGUGUUUAGGUGCAGUUUUUGGUUUCCAGGCAACACUUAAAUGGUGGCUUGAAAUUCAGCGUGAGCAACGAAAAAGAAAAUGACAACAAAAAAAACUGCGGAUAUGAAAGGCAGAUAAUUACAUGCAGGUGUCUCGCAAAACUGUCCUGAAGUCUCUUGCUGAGAGCGUUGUACAGCUUGGAAUUCUCUUCAUUUACAUGAGGAGAAUCAGUUACGAUUCAGCAAUGUUCAGUGAACAUUUUUUUUCACAGAGGAUGAAUUAUUCAUCCUCUGUAAUGUAAAGUACGGCUUUUACUGUCAGAACCCUGCUCAUUUUCCCUGAAUCUUUAAAUUCUUCAUAGAUAACAGCUCUAUCAGCCUCAAACAGUGUCUACUGGGAGAAUUUCAUGGGCAAAAACUUGAAACAUAUUAAAUGUAAUUUAUCGCGAACGUUUAACACUUGGUGUUGUGACACAAAAGACAAGGUGGUGACCUUACACGUUGAUGAUUCGGAGAUUGACUCCUGCUGGAGGAAAUUUUUUUCCCUGUUUUUUGGUCGUUUUGUUUUUGUUUUCUUUGUUUUGUUUUGUUUUGUUUUUUUUUUUACAAUAUUUUACUUAUUAUUACUUACAAUUUAUUCAUAUUGCCGCCCCAUCGGAGCUCUGUGGGGUGUUGUGAUAAACGUAUUUCUAGUACGUGUAGUACUUUACAGUACUGCUACUGUACAUUAUGGAAAUUUUGAGACAUGCUUUGUUCAACAGGAAGAAAUAAAAAGUCAUCUCUGAGUGGUCUAAAGUUAGAGAAUGAAAAACCUGAGGUAACUGAACAUUCACUGUCUGUUUGCAUGGGGUGGGCUUAAACAAUGUUUUCCCAUGUGCUUCAGUCAUGCUAUAGAAAUUCCUGCGACUUGAACACCAUGACUUAUGGUCUCCUCUACCUUGUGGAAAAUUGCAUUUUCUGUCCUGUGUUUCCAUUUUUGAGGCUCUCUUAUGGCAGGGGAUGGGGUACAUGUAUUUAAGUCCUACAUGUAUUAUUUCUGAAUUUCAAAACCUUUCAUUUUGCCCAUUGAGAAGAAAUUGCUUGAUGUCCUUGUUGGUAUUUUGUACUAUUGUACAUGUCUUUGCCCUUAUUUUUGUCACUGUUACAAUUUUAACCCAUCUUUGUGUCUUUCAUUGCCAUUUUGUCUGUUUUGUGUUGCUGUUUCAAGGCCAUGUCACUUGUCGGAAUUGUAACCCAACAGGGCCCCUUUUUUCACUUUCAACAUCAACUUUUCAACUUUAUUCAUUCAAUCUCAAUUUACAAUUUGACGAUAGCCUCCACCCACAAAUAUGAAGAUUUAGCCAGGGCUAAAAGCGAAGCUCUCUUUAACAUUUAUAGUUUACUCAAACAAAAUAUAAAAUCGUGUAAUGCCAAAGAAACAGUGACGACUACAAGAACAGUAAAAAACAACAACAGUAGGUCUAAGUAGCAAAAAAAAUAAAUCUGCGUGUGCAGCACACUUUUUUGUACAUGUCUUUUCUGUUGUUUUGCAUGACUACAACAUGAAACUUCCAGAAACUUCCUAGUUACACGUUUAAUGGAGGAAAUGUUGUGUGUCCCUGUUCACUUUUUUUUCACUGCUGCUCAUGUUCACCUUGUUGGCCAUUAGCAUUUAUCAUUUUCUCACCACUGCUAUAAAAUUUUCACGUUUUUCUUCCAAUGAAAUUGGUCUUCAUUGUCUUUUAUUUCUUGCUAUAGCUGUUUUUCUGUUUUCCAGGUUAAUGUAGACAUUAAAAUUUAAUUGAAAGAAACACUGGGCUUUGUUGGGUGCUAUUUUACCCGCUGAAAUGCAAGGUUUGCUUGCAAUGAAAAAUUUGACCCUAGCUUACAUGAAGGGGUGGAUGUACGUACCGACGAUGUUGUCAGAACCAAAAUUUCUUGGAUGCAUAGAUAACCAGAUUUUCUUACCCAUGGUGCACCGCUGCACACACUUUGCGCGUGUGAGAGCUCCGCUAACAUACAAUGUCAUAAUGUAUUGCCUAUUUACUACAUGUAUGCAUGAUGCAGUACAUGUAGUCCCUACCACUAAUUCUUCUACUCUCUCUCUUAUUACUCUCUUUUGUCUCUAGCAUUUGGCUGCUGGUGCUUUUCUUUCUACACUUGAUGAUGAAGUCUUUGAGGUCUAUCAAUGAAUGUUAUUCUCUGUCAUAUUCUACUUUACUAUGUUUCUUAUACUCCUGCUUCAGUUCUUCAGAAAACUUGUUACAAUCAUGUCAUGGAAUUAUUACCAAUAAAAUGGUAGUUGUGUAUCACAAUAGAAUAAUACAAAAUCUACAUGUGUAGGUGACUAAUACAACAAUUGUGUUUUCUAAUAUUGUUCUGUUGUGACUUUGUGUUAAGAAUACUUAAUUUAUAAGGUGCACUGGCAUUUUUCAAUGACUAUUAUUUUCUUCAGUAUAGAAAGUACAAAAGUAUGGUUUUCAUUUCUCACUUCUUAAAAAAAUACAUGGCAUCCUAAGUAAACCUGGAAGACAAGGCUAGUAGCUGUAUGGUACAUGUACAGCUGUACCUGUAUAUUGAUUUUUAAGAAAUAUUGUGUCACGUUUGAAGUUUAAAUGUGUAUUUGGUUCCAAUAAUCAUUAGGGUGAAAAGGAUGGGAAUGUUUUAGAUGCAGAGUUUGUUGACGUCUAUAAAGGUGCUCAUGGUGUACUCAUGACGAUGGAUAUUACUAAACCCUGGUCAGUAUCACCUUAUUACAGUAUAUACAGUCGACUCUCUCUUAACAGACACCUCUAUAAGACAGACGCCUCUGUAAAAUGGACACCUAGAGUUGGUCCCUGCCAUUCUUUACUCCUUUUAUUUGACUCUCUAUAAGACAGACACCUCUCUAAGAUGGACACUUAGUGCCGGUCCCAAAGGUGUCCUUCUUAGAGAGAGUUGACUGUAUUUCAGGUUAAGUUUUUUUUGUUAACCCAUUUGAUUCUCAAUUUUCUUUGGCUCCUAGCCUCAGUUGACCAAGAAAAAUAAUUCUAAUUGAGAAUCAACCUACAAUCCCAAUCUUAAUUUUUGAAGCACUUCCUAAACACAAGAUGAAUUAAGUGGUUCCGCAAAUAGUGGUACACGUAUCACUUUCCUCUCCUUUCUGCAGUGUUGAUUUCAUGGGUUGCUUUGCCGAAAAGUCUGCAAAAUAAACAUUGAAUGGAACAUUAUUUCUAUGGUCGAUAAGAGACAGACCAUGAAAAGUGUUGUCAAUCUGUUUUUUAUCUAACACUGAUAGUUUUUGACAUUCAUUUCUGUUGACAUUAUUCUCGGAAAGUAGCGUUCAUGAGGAAAGCCGGAGAGAACAAAUUGUGCCACCAUCACGUCAUUUCUAUGGUCUAUACUUUUAUCGACCAUGCAAUGUAGAUCUUGACCAAUCAGUGUGCGAGGAAUCACUCAGUUACUGGAAGAUUUCUGUUACAGCUGGUUCCGCUGGAUGCUUUGUGGAAUGAUGAUUACUGAUUGACCAGCUUACUGUUGAAUUACCACUAAUGUUGUGUAGGAGCUGCUCAUAAGGUCUCCCCUGAUUAGUCACAGAAGAAAAUGAUGUCAUUUUUCUAUUGUUUCAGUAUUGUUUGGGGUCUGAAUUACCGGUUUUGGUAGAAAAGGCAUGAAUAUUUUGUAGGGUAGUAUUAUAAGCAGCCAAGGUCUUGAAAAAAGAUAAAUAAUAAUAAACUGGUAAGUUCAUACUGGCUGAAUGGAUAAUGACCUUGUAUUGGUUUUCAUCUUUCCUUGUCAAACGUUGGAGAGGGUUUGAAAUAACUUGUAAUAAGCUUUUUAGACCACACAAGAAAGGAGUAUUUUCUGUUAAAUGACAAGACUGUCUUCUGUUUUCAGGACAUUUAAGUACAUUGAAAGGGAGCUCCCAAAAGUACCACCUCAUAUACCUGUUUUGGUUGUGGUAAGUGUGACUUAUUUGUGAGUUAUUGACCCAUUCGCCCCUGGGCUUGUCAAGCCGUUUCUUGACGCUGUCUGGCUAUAAAGAGCCAAAACUAUCCAAAAUGCUUAAGAGUUGAACACCUCGAGGCCUUUUUUACUUGCAGGCAAAUCACCGUGACAUGGGAGAGCACAGACUUGUCCCAAAAGAGGAGGCCGUUGCAUUUAUUGAACACUUAGAGAGGUAUGCAAAAAAUAUUAUAUUAAUGAGGCCUUAAACUGCCGUUUAAAAAAUAAAAUUGGAAUCCAAGCUUUCGCCAAUCAAGGGCAUCAUAGAGAGAGGUUACAUGUACAGCUGUAUACUGACACAGUGUGACUUCUACUCAACAGUCCUGGCACAUGUAACACAACAUUGAAUUUAGCCUGUUCCAAGCGUUCAGAUAGUGGAAAGCGGUGCAGGGUAAAGAAAGCGAUGAAAAGUAGAGGGGGACUGGGGAGAGAGGUCACCUCUCCUCCUCCCUCGCUUUUAUUUUUUCGCGCUCCUUUUUACUUCGCACCGCUCCCCACUAUCUGAACGCCUGGAACAGGCUACAUUGAAUUAGUUUUAGUGAUCAUUGUGUAAAGGGAGGCUGUAAAUAUGGUCCCCAAACAGAAUAAUCAAAUGAUGAUUGAGAGAGUACAAAUGGCAACUGAAAAAAAACCCACUCUGCUAACAGAGCCUUUCUUUGACUUGAUCGAUUUUGUUGGACUCCAGGACUCUUCUUCACCCAUUGUUUUCUCUAGGCUACAUUAACAAGCAGUUAUCUGGUCACCUCGCCACCAAACGAUUUCAUUGGUGGCGAGAUGACCGUAAACUAGCCUGCGUGGCCGGCGUUGAAAGGGGAAGGGGAAGGGGAAAUUUGGGCGCGCGCGAGAGCGCGUCCUCUCGCGCCCUAAUUCUCUUCCCCUUCCCUUUCGAACGCCUUCCACGCAGGCUAACCGUAAACUAACAAGCAGGGUGCAAAGAAAGGCAGUUUUAGCAUGUACAUUUUCUAUCUCAAGAGUCACUUCAACCGCCCGAAAAAAGUUCUUGACGAGCAGGAUUGAUUACAGUUUGAAUUCCCCCAAAAAAUUCACUUUCUUGUCGGACACGACUUUCUUUGCACACUGUCAAGUAGUCAUACACAGUGUGCAGUUACGUGGUGAGAUCAUCUCUCUGAGUUUGUAUUUACCGUAUUAAUAAUAACGCCUGAGCUUGUGUUUAUUAGACCUGAUAGAUCUCCGCCAGUGCAUUAUGCUGAGACAUCGAUGAAGAAUGGUUUUGGACUCAAAUACAUUCACAAAUUUCUCAAUUUACCAUUUUUAUUGUUACAGGUUAGUUACUGCUCGUUAAUCUUAUAGGUGUUCCUAAAGAAUGCUUUUGUUAUUAAUUCUCUUAACCCAAGGUGAGCUGCGGUAAAUAGCUCUGUCAUACAUGCAUGGCGAUCGAAAAUCUUGGUAACCAGCAACAACAACCGCACUCUUUUAGCGCCCUUAUUAAAUUAUUUUGUUUGCAUUGUACGUUUUUGUAAUGAGAUAACCGUUAAUACAUCAGCCUGUUCCAGGCAUUCAGAUUAUGGGGACGAGGCAACGUGAUGUGAGCAGGAAAAACGGUGAGGGUCAGGGAAGGGAGACUGCGCCAUACUCCACUAUCUGAAUGCCUGGAAUAUGCAAUUAAUGCGGUGGCCGGUCGUUUCGCCAAUGAGUCGUUUGGCCUACGUGCUAUUCGCUUACGUCGCGAGUCGUUUCGCGUAAGUGUUAGGUCGUUUCACUAACGUGUUGUAAGUCGUUUCGCUAACGUGUUGUAACUCGUGUCGCUUACGUGUUGUAAGUCGUUUCACUUACAUGUUAUAAGCCGUUGCGCUAACUUGCAAAAAGUCGCUUUGCGAAACGGCCUAACACGCAAGCGAAACGACUCACGACGUUUGCGAACAGGACGUAGGCGAAACGACUCAUUGGCGAAACAUACAUGUACAGUGUACAUUAUUUUCAUCCAAGAGCUCAGAGAUGAAAAGUUACAUGUACAUUCUGAAAACUCUGUUCUGGCUCCUCAGGAAACAAUCUGACGUACCGACAAUGUUCAUUUUGUGAAAUCCAUUUUUUUUUAACCUCCUGCGGACGAAAAAGUUGGUUUGAAUUAUCAAGAACUUCGAAAUAUUGGGAUUAAAAUUAAAGAGUUUGAGGGGGAAAAGGAAGUCAGGUUUGGUUCAAGUUAUUUUGAGGGUCUAAAGAUCGAGGGUCUCGAAUCUACGAUUUUCAAGACUUUCACAUUUUCCUUUUAUACAUCUGUUUCUUUUUUCUUUUUACUAAGUCACAAGCCACCAACAUUUUAAGAGUCUGGAAUGAGUUUUACCUUAAAAAGAAGGAAUUUAGCUGCUUUUGUCGCAGUGUGAUUUUCUUUUGAUUGCUAAUACAAUUGCUUUUCUUGAAUAGAGGGAAACUUUGUUAAAGCAGUUGCAGGUCAACGCAGAAGACACAGAGGUAUUCAAAGAUUAUUAUUAUCAUUAAUUUGUAAAUGUGUCAACUAAGUUUUGCGCCCCGCCCUCACGUAUCCGGAAAUUUUCCCAAACGGAGAGUAUUUCUCCUUUUUAACUUUCCACUCGCGGCAUUUUCAGGCACCAAAAACGCUGGUUUCUGAAAACGGUCCCUAGAGUGGAGAUUUUUGAAAACGCCGAAUUGUCCUAUUUGUGUGGAAGGACGGAAACGGAGGUUUUCGAAUACGAUGAUGUCAUACAUCAUACAGCACAGUGAGUGCAGGCUCUGUAAGGGAUGCUAUCAUGUGUACGUUGCAGGCUUAUCAGAUGCAAACAGUCCUGUUUAAUAAAUUAUUUCUUAAUGGCGUUUUAUCUCUUGCUUUUAUGAUAGUCAACCCUUGAAGAACUGCAGAUUCAUAAAGAAACAGAAGAACAAGAUUACGACAAGUAAGUUGUACUUCCUUAUCGAGCGUUUAACUUUGGUUGAAUACUGGAUUGGCUAAACAAUAUCCCGCCUCUUUAUCAUAACAAUCCAAACUGAUUGUAACUUGCACGUAAGUGUUUUCCUGCGCUUAUUUCGAGGCGUGAUAGGUUCUUUUUGUUGUCAGCUUGUGUUAUGAUUGGCCAUUAUUGUCUUGCUUCCUGGCUCUGAAAGCGUAUUGUUGUCCGUAAUGAUUAUUCGCCGACGAAUUUUUCAAACCAAUCACGUUUCUCUUAUUAAUUACACAUGUCUCUGCAGCAAUCAUCCCUUCAUUUAAUUUCAUGAUCUGCAAUUCACCGGUAUGAUUUAUUGUUUUUGAAACGCUACAUGUAAGUUAAGCGGUGUUUUUGUUUGUAGAUUUGUUAGCUUGCUGGACAAGCGAAGAAAAGAUCACGAGGCUAAGAAAGCCGCCGCCGCGGCAGCAGCUGGAGAUGGCGAGCAGGGUUUGUCAUCCACCACUCGCUCAAGCCAGACAACAGGUAAAUGCCUUUGUAGCUAUUAUUUCCCCCUUUACAGCGCAUGUUCUCAUUUGACGCUUCGGGGUCAUGUGACAUCUAAUGAUCUAAUAAUGAGAUUCUUUUCCCGCCAAAAGUCUCCGAUUCGGCGGCGAAAUUUUCCUUCACAAGCGCGCGGUCAUUGAUCACAUGACAUCUAACAGUAAAACUGUUUUCCGUCAAAAGUCUCCGAAUCAGCAGCCUUUUUGUAAAUUUUGUUGUCGCCGAAAUUUUCCCUGGUAAUGGACUCCUGACAUCUAAAAGUGAAACUGUUUAUUUUCUAAACUCUGCAUUUGAACAAUGACGUUGGAGGAUGAAAAUGCACUGUUACCCUCGAAUGUUGAACGCGACUUUCGCUGCUAUAUUGGAUCUACUUACGUCUUUGUUGUGUCAUAUAACAAGACCUUUCCAUUCUUCAUCCUCUACACAACACCUUAGCAAAACAGCAUCAGUAGUUAUUGACUAAACAAGUUUAAAAGUAUAUACGGGAGAAAGCGUAAGAUUAUUUAACUAAAAGUAAGCCGUGGUCAUGCAAUGUUGCUCAGAUCAUGGAAGGACGUCCAAUAACAUUGCGACUUAAAAAAAACCAUCAACUGACGUGGUACAACUCACUUUGACGCUGAAGAUGACUACCACAUGGGUUGUCGAAACGUCAGUCACUGUCAACAACAGUCAUAUUCAUGAUUACACUCACUACGUAGAUACCAAUAAAUAUGAUCGCUGCCAGUGAUGUAACGAGUCUAAUACAGCAUCUUCAGUAGAACAUAGCCGAUUUAAAAUCUUUCUUUUUUUGCUUAAAACCCAGCAAAGAAUCCUAACACCAACGUCUCAAAUGGUGGAGAAUCACAAAAAGAUGGAGCUUUGCGGAAAACAUCCUCACCUACAGACGCUGGUGAAGGUAGGUACACGCAGAUUUUUCGCCCUUAGGUGACGCGGCGCAUGCAUCAUCGAUCCCACACUUUGGGAAUCCGGCGAGAAGACUGCUGGUAUUGUGAAGCUUUGCAUAGUGGUAGGUUCACUGCAGAGCAUGACGGGAAGGUGUCAGCGAUGUACCUCGGGUAUAGUCGUAUUGCAUGCCCCUAAAUUUGGAGCGCUGUCAACUUAUUUAAAUUUGUUGCGGCAAUGAACACGUUUUCGCAUUACCAGCAUUGUUGAAAGGUAAAAAAACUAUCUCACCAAGUCGUUAACAAAUGUCGUAGCUAAGAGUAGUUAGCAACUUGUUUUGCUCAUUUUGAUAGAAGCCCCACAAAACGGAUGGUCACAUUCGUCGACAAAUAUUGACGAGUUUGUGCCGGAAGAUGAACUGGAUGCAGGGUUCUUAGACGAGGAGAAAGGCGGAAACAAAAAAAGGCCAAAUAAAUCUUCAGCCAAGAAGCAACCGGCACAAGUCGAAGUUGAGCAGGAUAUCAGCGAAGAGAGCGACAGGUAAUAAUUGAAAAUAAUGCUUGCAGUCUGGUAUUGAUCAGCCAUCUUGGGAUUGUGCUCGAGACUACUGUAGACCGAUGUGUGUGUCAAACUGCGCUUAUGAAUUAUAUGGCUGCUUCUAUGGAGAGGAGAAGUUUGACGUCACGUAACCAUGGAAGCAAAAUUUCUGGAUCACAACAAUCAACAAUAAGGAGCUUAAGCAACGACGACGGCGACGGCAACGAGAACGGCAAAAAAAGCAACAAGUUUAUGUUAGCAAUACAACAACUUUGCACGUGCAUCACGCUCUAUUGUACAUUGCUUAGCCGUCGUUGCGCGACUGCGACAUGAAUCUUUCUAAUUUCACCCGCCCGCUUUAUGGAGCAGGUAAACACAACAUAAAAAUUUUAUUUUUUUUCUUAACUUAGCUAUGGUCGUUUUGGAUUCAACCCCAGAAAAUUUUGUCAACAUUUUACAAAUUAAAUGAAAUUGAAUAAGAUCGAUGAAGUUUGUAACAGUGCGAAUUCACUUUUUUAGAAACGUUUUCGGUUUGUUGUCAUCCAGAAAUUUUGCUACCAUGGCAAUGUGACGUAACGACUUCUCCUCUCUAUUGGCCGUUUGAUAGUUGCACGGGAAACUGGGUCAAACUUUGUCCCCAAAUACAGUCCCGUCAAAUAGCUAACGGCCUGGUACAGCAGGAACAUUUAUGACAAUCUGGGCAGAGCCCACCUUUGUAAAUGACUGUCCACCCAUUGCGUGCUCUUGUAAUUAAAUACAUGUCUAGUAAAAAACAAAUGUUCGUUAAUUAGCCCUUUCCAAAUUUCUUAAUAUUGACGAUUUAAGAACUUGUUUAAGUUUCCUUUCAUUUAGGCCUCAUCGAUAUGGGGAGCGGGGGGGGGGGGGUCAAUUAAAAUUGUGUUCGGUUUCCUUUCGCCUUGAUCAAAAUAAACAUUAUUGUAGGUCAUGUUUUAUAGACUUUUUUGUAGUUCAAUUUAUGAUCAGUAACCUUCAAUUGCAUCGAAUUUCGAUUUCGUGAUUCCAUUGGUUUUUCUUUGCUUUGUUUGUUUUUUCCCCGCCUUUGGCCGAGAGUUCUGAUUAUUUUAUUGUAUUGCCACCCUGCCAAACAUCUAUUGUGCUUGGCCAGUAAUAGCUGUUAUUUGGAGUCGUUAACAGAGCUCUGUUUUGCUACUUAGCGACAGCGAUACAAGAAACCCAAUGGUGGCAGGUUUUGCAGAGGACAUCGACUCUGAAGACGAUAGUGUUGCGCCUGCGGUCACCAACCACAUUGACGAUGACUUAGAUGAAAAGCAAAUCGCUAAAAAGCCGCAAAAACCGUCGGCAGCUAUUGCUGUCGAGCUAACGUCAAGUGAAGAGGAGGAUAAUGAAGACAACAGCGACGAGGACAGGAAAAAGGAAAGCAAAAAAGGGAAUGGAAGAAGUAGAGAAAAGAAAGGGAAUGAAGCGGGAAAUGAAGGUGUAACAUUAAAACUUGAAAUGCCUGUCAGCUCUGCCUCUCCGAUGCAGCCAGUUGAAGAUGGAUUUGGUGUCGGGACUGAAGAUGUUGAUGAUUGGUUAAACUCACCUGAUACAGAUCCAAAGGUAUUGUUUACUCUUUGACCGUUGAAACCCUAAAUAUCAAAAUGCAAAUUCCCAUUUUUGGCCCUAUACGUUUCCAAUAGAAGUAUUGGGGAGAAUUUGUUGUAGUGUCAAUGAUAUUCAUCUUCUGUGAUCAUGUCCUUAAUUCUCGUCACCACUCUGGGUUAUAAUGCAUUAAUAUCACAAGGAGAAAUUAGUUGCUGAUCUCUCUUGGGUCUUGACGGGUUAAUAAAAGGACAGUCAGGGUUCGCACACUCAUGAGAAGUCCUUGAAUUUUAGGGGAAGUCCUUGAAAAGUCCUUGAAUUUUCUUUAACUUUGAAGAGAGUGUCCUGGAAAGUGUUUUUUUAAUGCUUUUUGGUUGUCCAAGGAAGAAUAUAAAUCAGGUCAAAGAAUUGUAAAGGUUAUUUACAUAAAGUGCUCUUUGUUUUAUGCAAUAAUUAACUAUCAAUUUAAGACCAGUGAACUGAAAAAUGGAGAGAAGUUGGUGAAGCAAACGGCUCAAGCCUUAAAGUUUGUUAGAAUAGACUGGGAAUAUGCAUUUUUGUACAACCUGUGAGAUUUUAUCCCUGGUAGGUGGUCCUUGAAAAUCGAAUGUGGACCUUGAAAAGUCCUUGAAAAAUGGCUGCAAUUUUUGUACAGUGUUUUACCGAAGUAUAGUAAUUAGUGGUUUUCCAUUUCAUAUUUCCCAGUGGUUCCAAAUAUGAAACUGGAUGGAAUUAAUCAACUUUAUAGAGCUAGACUUUGAGCAGCGUUUUAUUUUCCUUUAGGAGGAGCGAAAGGCUGCUCCCAAUCAAAAUUGUCACUUGCUAUUCGGUCAAUUAAUAUUUACUGGAACAAUAUAACAUGUAAAUAAUUAUGAGGUAUUGACUAAGCGUGAGAUCAAGAUGGCGAGACAUUGCGCACGUUCAUUCAUUCGUUCUUUGUUUUGGUUAGUUUCGUUUUUGUGUUUUAAUAUCCAGCCAUCUUGACAGAGCAAGAUUUAUGAUGUGACCGCUAAGAGAACUUUUUUCUGGGACUUACGCGGGAAAUCCCGAGCGGGUGAGAUGGGUCAUCUUGUCCAUUCGGGUAGCCAAUUAGAAAUCAGCAUUCCCUUCAACUUGCCCGCUCUCGACUCCGGACCAACCUUAGAAUAAGAAGACGCACAGUCUAGACCAUGAAAACAUUUACCUAUUCUUAAGAACUCGUUUAGAAACAGUUGUGUAUUUCUACUUAUUGCCUUACACCGCGGUCUAAGUUAAAGUCAAUGAAGGACUUUUCAUUUGUCUAUUUAUGCUUUGAAGUUGCAUCUAAAUGGUCGCUUGUUCGUCCUUUAUUAAGGUGGUGUAGAAAAUAAAAUAUAGAAGUAAACAACGUCGAUAAUCUUCUUUUUACCAGAUUAUCUGUAUUUUAUUUUCUUCCUAGAUUCCCUUUCGAAAAUCACCAGCUGGCAAGGAGUACUCAGGAAGGUUUGCGAAGUAUACUCUUUCUAUGUUAAAGGUCUUUAUAGCACUCGACUUUAAAUUCUGAUCUGAUCUUUUGCUGUUUCUCUCUCCUUGAUAGAAACGCAGACUCUCAUUCCCAGGACCCCUCGACAUCUUCAAUUCCUAUGGAUGAGUGGGAAAAAUUCAUGACUUCACAGAUGAAACCGCAGGCCAAAACAACGACAACGUGUGAGUGUUACGUGUAUUGGUGUCGCUCGAUAGACCUCUUGAGCUUGUGCUUUUUGUUUUCCAAGUGUAGAUGAUGUGGUAAUUCUCUAGUUUUUGUCCAUUUUUGUUUGGUCACAUAACUCUUCGCUUCUUCGUGGGCAAGAGCAUUGCAUGACAACACACGGAACGGCUGCGUAACGCAGUAGACUAGUCCAGUGUCCGUAGAAGUUCACUUGGAUGCGGCGUUCUUUUGGAUGAUCCGGAUCAGGAUCAGUUAUCUGAGAUCUUUGCGAUCAUGGUACAUCAAAUGGACCGAUGAAUUCUAUUCCAGGGUGGUUCCUUCUGUCCUUUAUGUGCUAUGAUCUGAAUUAUUUAUCUAGGAUCAGCACUGUUCCUUAUCCUGAUCACCCCAUUGGAACGCACCAUUAAGUCCACAUAUAACUUGAGAAGGUAAAAUGUCCUUUAUCAAUGCAUUGACUUAGCGCAUAUGCUUGUAGCGUAACAACAUCAUUAACAAGUUGAGCAGAUCCUUACCAAACUGUCACUCCGUAUUUGUUUUACCUCAAAAGCCCCCAGCUCUUUAAUCGAUAUUGGCUUCGAAGACGACGUUAACGCAAGUAAGUAAAACAAGUCCAUGAGGAAAAUUAUCAGUUAUGAAUUUUAUUCACAUGGCUCCGUACAAGGAAAAAAAUUUAAUAAUGAGAUCAUGGCUAGUGAUGAUCACCGAUGUUAAUUUUCUUAACUUCUUACCUUCCUUUGUCAUGUUUUUCCGUUCAUAGAAAAUUUGACAUAAAAUCUGCGGACAAUACUUAAAAAACGAGUGGUCAAAAUGGGCCAGGUUAACUGUCGAAAGGACUUCUGGGACUGUUAACAGGGAUAAGGAAGAAGUUGACCAAUAGCGGACCGACGCGCCCCCAGUAACGAUCCGAGGAACAAUUGCGGGACGCAUUUCGUUACCAGUUCUCUUCUCGUAUCUAAAGUGGUGAAUUGAGACUCCAAAAAGCAGCUGAUCGCUGUUUGUCCAAGGGCUUGCGUUUAAGGGAAUCUUUUUUAGAAAUAAUAAUUACGAAAAGUCGUUUUUUCACAAGUGCCAUGAAGUCUCUCAAUACUUGAUAAUUUGGCUGUGAAGGAAAAGCGGGAUCAUUUUACAUUUGUGAAUUAACACUUAGUUCUUACUUAGGGCAAAAUGUUGGCUCAGGGGAGGGGUAGGUGGGUAGUUUUACAGAAACGUAAAAUGGUCCGAAAAGCGUAGUGGCGUUCCUUUAUGCAUGCUUUUUUAUUUGAUAACAUGAAGGGGAGGGGAUCACCUAAAGUUAUAAGGUGUUAAAUUUCACUGUGAUAAUAUGACAGGUGUAUUCUAAUGUUUUCCAUUUUGCCUUUCUUGCAGGUAAAGAUGAUGAGAGUAAAAACCGUAAGAAAAAGGAACACAGGGUAGGUUUUUUUCCUUUUCCUCUUCAAGUUCUAGCCGUGACACAUCUGUGUCCGUUACGUGACUUACUAAAUGACCCGACUGACUGACUGGCUGGCUCGCUGGCUGGCUGACUGGGUGGUUGACUGGCUGACUAGCUUACUAACUUAUUUGCAGGCUGGUUCAUUAGCUGGCUGGCUUGUGGACUGGCUGGCUGAAUGGUUGACGGACUCACUGGUAGACUGACAGACUAAACGACUGGCUGAUUAACAGUCUGGCCGACUCACCGGCUGAACGACUGAGUGACUAUCGUAUGGCGUGAAUGAAUGACCGAACUACUCAAAAACUUGCUCACUGACUCAGUGUAAAACUUUGGUAGUACUGUAGUGGAAAAACUAACAACAGCAGUUGGAAGAGGGAAUGUUUGAGUGUGAGGAGUGAACUCCAAAUAGUAAGCUGCGCAAACAACUGGCUAGAAUUUGUAUUCCUUAAAUGUGGACUCACUUCACGCAUUUCGCUGUUCCUUGCAGAGUGGUGAGAAAUCAAAAACGAAGCACAAGCAACGGAAACAAAAAGACAAAGGUGAGGACGGGGAAGAAGGCGAGAAAAAAGAACGACGAAAGUCGCGGCACAAAGAUGGCGAUGAAAGAAAGGACAGACGAAGAAGCCGCGACGACGAUAGCGAACGAAAGAAGAAACAUCGUAGCAAGCACAGUAGGGCGAAAAGUGAGGAAGGUGUACAAGAAAACGUGACGUAUGAAGAGCUCUAACCAAUGGUUGCGAAAUGUGAGAUUUUAUCAGCUGAUCAGGCGAAGAUAUUCUUCAAGGACAGAGUUACAUUCUCCUGACAAUGCAUUGCGUGACAUCGGUCCCUGACUAUGGCCUAGUGCGUAACGUAUAGUCUAUUUUCUCAUCGCAUGGGAAUGAUUAUAUCAAGAAAGUGCGUUCAUGCAAAGGCAAACCUUUGCACAAGCACAAAUCAGACAGCUUACGUGUUACUGUUGAGAAUGCCAGCUAUCUAUCAAUUUGUCCCGAAAAAGUGCGUGACAAACAUUUAAUGAUAUUGAACAUCUGUCCUUAUUUCGAACGCAAAGCAAUCAAAUCCCGUUAAUACGAAAUUUCUGUUAAAUAAAGGAGAAGUCGAACAAGAUUUCCCCUACAUAAAUCACUCUUGUCGACACACAUUAACAUUUGUUUAUAGUAAAUGAUACGGUAUCUCGGUCACAAGUAGUCUUCAGACUACGUCACAAGUCAUUUUAUGUAGCCCGCUCAGUCUGCUUUUAUUUUUUGGCUUCAGGUGAUAUUUUGUAACUUGUCUUAAAUCCUCUCCCCAGGUACAACACAUAGAUUUAUGGAAUGUAAACGAUAUGGUGAAUGCAUUGACCAUAUUAUCUAACAGUAAAAAAAUGCCCGGAGCGAAGGAAGGUGGC